UCCUAUGAUGAGGUGAUUAGAGAGAAGAGACAGGAACAGGAUCAAGUGUUGCCUCUCUCCUCCUCUUCCUUCUCCUCACCCUUAUGCUCCGUCUCCACGACUACCAUCGCCACGCAGACUGACACCGGACCAAAAUCCUCAGUUCCAACUCGCAGUCACGCCCCAGUCCAGAGAGGCUCAGUGGCCACCAGAGCUCCAAAACCUCCCAGACCUUCUUUCCCUUUAUAUCCAAACCUGAUGACACGCCGUCGCGCGUUGAUGACACGGUGGGAACUGCUACUGCUACUGUCGACCCUCUCCUUUUCCUAGAAGACCGUCCGGCACUACACACACACACUCCGACCAGCAGACACACCGAGGACACCAGACCAGCAGCGUUUCACAGUGACCUCUUGACCUCUGAUCCUUUCUCACCUCUGACCUUUGCCUCUGGCAGCCAGACCGACCAAUGGGUGCAGUCCUCCUCGGUCCCACCCCCUCAUUCCACUGUUGCCUUGACAACUCCCUCCUCCCCUCCUCUGCUUCAUAACCGGCCCAGGCCACACCCUCGCACGAAGAAUAGCCUUCGACCAAUCAGGCGAGAGGUCAAGGUUCAGACCCUGGUGAGGCUGGGACAGACAGAAAGUGAGGUCACAGAGAACCAGGAAGUGAGUUAUCAGGAGGGGAAGUACCUUCAGGAGCUCCUGGACGCCUUUAGCUCUGACGAUUGGGGCUUACCUGAUCACCAUAGCAACGACAACAGCGAGAGCGACUUCGGGAGAAGAAGAAGAGGAAGAUAUGAGUACUCUGAGAGCCAGGAUACAAGCCUUCGAGCAGCAGCAACAGGCAGAGGACCACGGUAGCCAUGCAGACAACGGCGCGUUGCUAGGGCGGGGGAGACCUGAACCCCGUCACCGAGUCCAGGCCCCGUCCAAACCGGCCCCUCCCAUCGCCCCUAAACCCUCCCUCGCAACCAAGACCGCCUGCAAAGGAGUCUGGCAAGGAGGAGGCUCGGUGGCGAUCGCCGUGAACUUGACUGCUGAUACAACCACCGCACAGCCCAAACCCAGUGACCCGUCUCCCAAACCCAGUGACCCGUCUCCCAAACCCAGUGACCCGUCUCCCAAACCCAGUGACCCGUCUCCCAAACCCAGUGACCCGUCUCCCAAACCUAUUAAGACCACCUUAAGUACCCCUGUCCUUGUUCCUGUCCCUGCCCUUAACCCUAUUGUCCCAAUCCCUGCACCCCGACCCCUGCUCCCUAGAAAGCCCCACUCUGAACCCCAAAGACCAGACCGCCAGGCGGGGCAGACAGAGGGGACCCCCCCAAAUCCCUGUCCUCCUCCCAGACCUCCAGUAGCACCCAGGACUAAACCCUCCGUAGACCUCCACAGCACCAACACUAGACCAAGUGUUGCUCAGAAGCCCACUGCCAUGACGUCAUCCGGUCGAGCAAGUGCCCUACCAGAGAACAGGAGACCUUCUCUGGCAUCCAAACCCUCCAUCCAGACUUUAAUCCCAGCUCCAGUCCAGGAUACUCCCCCCAACCUUAGCCCCAUCUCCAACCCCAAACCCAGCCCUAGUGGGGUCUAGUCCCCCAGCCCCAAACCCAGCCCCAGUGGGGUCUAGUCCCCCAGCCCCAAACCCAGCCCCAGUGGGGUCUAGUCCCCCAGCCCCAGUGGGGCUUAUUCCACCAGCCCCAGUGGGGUCUAGUCCCCCAGUCCCAGCCCCAGUGGGGUCUAGUCCCCUAGCCCCAAACCCAGCCCCAGUGCGGUCUACUCCCCAGCCUUACCCCCAGCUCCAGUGCGGUCUACUCCCCCAGCCGUACCCCCAGCUCCAGUCCAAAGGAAAACCCCACCGGUCUCCACAGAGUCUGAACCUCCUCUUCCUCCUCGACCCCAGGGAGGGGUUAAGAUUCUCCCCCUCCGCCCCCUCCCAUAAA